CAUCAGAGCCCAAAAACUUGAGUACUUCAUCUGAAUCUCUAAUCAAAAUGGAUUCCACGCAGCUCAAACCCAAGACAGCUCACGUCAACCUCAUGGUCGACACGGUCAUUGCCAAUCUCCCUGAAGACGGCCUACGAAGCGUGAUGCGAAGUCUCCUAACCACAGAUCCCUCCAUCACCAGCAAAUUCGAAGCCCACGUGCGCGAAUACUUGCACAACAAAGCAGAUCAGCCAAUAAUUACAGAUCUCUUCAUCGUAGAUGACAAGCCCCUCAAUAUCAACUCUCGUGACCCACGCAAAGGAGAGCAUAAUCAAACCGAUCCAUCGCAAAAUGACCAGGAGAGGUGGGGUUCUUCAUAUGACACUGUAAAGUGUAAGCCGGGACCGGAGUUGUAUCGACUGCAGCAAUACAUCAGAUGCUCGAUCGGCUGUGGGAUGUGCUACCAGAGCAUUCCCUUUGCGCGGCGGAUCGUGGACGGAGUAUCAUCCAGCAUCGGGCCGUCGGUGUCGAGGAAUGUCGAUUUAGUACACUGUUUGGAAUCGUUUGAUGGCGAUAUGCUUCAGAUGGUUACUGCUAUCCAGAAGACGCUGCUUGGACCGAGUGGGAAGCGUGAGCUCGACGGGACAGAGAAGGUGCUUGUACAAGGACUGCUUGAUGCAUUGCAAAGGUGCAAGAUUGCUCUUGAGCAGGGCUUUCCGUUUGAGAGGAGUCUCGGAGCGGUUUCCGUUGCGCUUGGGCAGCGGGAUACUGGUUUCGGGUCUGGGCUCGAUGAGGUGAGAUCUGGCAAAGAUGCUUCUUCGGACACUUCGAAAGGCGUGAUGUUGAGCGAGACAUUUGAGUUGAAUGGCAUCGUACUCCCCCGUCUAUUCUCAGGGCUAUGGCAGCUAUCAAGCCCAGCAUGGGGAACUGCCCCGUUCGACGCCAUGAACACACAUUUCACACACUACAUUAGCAAAGGUCUUCUGGCAUGGGACAUGGCCGACCACUACGCCGACAGCGAGCUCAUAUUCGGCCGCCUCAGGAACGCACACGCAAAACGACAGUCCAUAUUCGGCGCUACAAAAUACUGCGUCUUCAACCACCCGGUCACCAUCACCGCCGAGGUUAUAUCCGCCGCCAUCACAGAGCGUUGCACGCGCCUCGACACCCGCACGCUCGACCUCCUCCAAUUCCACUGGCAGUCCUAUGCAGACCCACAGUACAUCAGCGUCCUACAAUUCCUCCACGCUAAUUCCCGCGUCGCGAUGCUUGGACUGUGCAACUUCGACACCCUCCAUCUCGAGCAAGUACUCUCGCACAACAUCCCAAUCGCGACUAAUCAAGUACAAUUCUCGCUCAUCGACGCCCGCCCAGAGCUCAAAAUGGGCGCUGUCUGCGCGAAAUAUAAUAUCAAACUUCUCACGUACGGCACGCUUUGCGGUGGCUUUCUGGCGGAUAAGUGGCUUGACAGGUCGGAGCCGGAGGCUUUUUCACAGGGUAUGACGCCCAGCCAGCGGAAGUAUCUUGAGAUGAUAAAGACGUGGGGCGACUGGGCACUCUUCCAGCGCCUUCUCCGUGAGCUGAAGAAUAUUGCGAUGAAGCGUGGCGUGAGUGUGGCGAAUGUGGCGACGAGGUGGGUGCUGGAUCAUGCGUAUGUGGGAGCCGUGAUUGUGGGAGCGAGGCUGGGUGUUAGUGAGCAUGUAGAGGAUAAUCUUGCGUCGUGUGGAUGGGAGCUUGAUGCAGAUGAUAGGGGGCGUAUCGAGAGCGUGCUGGAGUUGAGUCGGCGGAGGGAUAUGCUUGAGAUUAUGGGGGAUUGUGGUGCAGAGUAUCGUUAAGAAUUUACCGAUGGCUCUUUUUUCCUUCACUUUCUGAAGUAUGAGAACGGGUAUCAGAUAAGGUACUUGCGCCACCAGCUCUGCAUCGCCGACGGCGAUGACUCCCUCUCCUUCUUCUCGAUGUCGAUCUGAUGUAUCUCGGCGAGAUCUAUGGCUUCUAGAGUCACGAACCCAGAGCGCGUCCAUACUGCCGCCACAGCCCAAAGCACUUUCGAUCCCCAAUGAUUAGCUUUCGCAGUCACACAAUACAAGAGCAAGCAACUCACAUAUAAAGAUUGGAAGGUUAAUAUAAGUCGUCAGAAAGACCGACGUGCUCCACCUUCCAGGAAAGAAGAC